GUGCUUGGCAUUCGUCCCUUUUGCUCUCGUCCCUCGCCGUCGCUUGUUGCUAGGACAUCGUGCGGGGUGUUUUCGCCUCGUCAUCCUUCCUCUCUUUUGCCUUCGACCCUCAUUUGCUCGAGACUUUCGUUUGCUUGACCAGAGCGAACGUCCAGCAGCAAGAUCAUGCUGCAGUCCUUACUUCCCCUGCUCGUCCUCGGUCUCCCCCUUGGCGCUAGCGCGCACGAAAGGGGCCAGAAUGCAAAACGGCAUAGCGACCUGGCGAAACGCGCGCCUGGGGACGUGCAACGGUUCUCGAAGCGCGCCAGCAAUGCACGGAUGACUUACUAUGAGGUCGGUCUAGGUGCUUGCGGGAUUGUGAAUGUCCCGAGUGAUUUUAUCGUCGCGGUUAGCGCUGAUGAAUGGGACGCUGGCCUCACGCAUGGCUACCCGUCCGAUGUCUGCUUCAAGCCCAUCACUAUUGAGUACAACGGCGUCACCGCGCAGGCGACUGUCACCGACCGUUGCGAAAGCUGUCCCCCCUUUUCUGGCAUCGACCUGUCGUACGAUCUAUUCAAGGUCUUCGCGCCCAACCCCGAGGAAACUGGCAUGAUCUACGCGAACUGGUGGUACAACGACGGGAGCGGCGGCAAUGGUGGCGGCGCUACGUCGACUUCGACCAGCGAGACGAGCACCUGGACGCCCCCGCCCGAGACGUCGACCAGUGAGACGAGCUCGUGGACCCCGCCACCUCCGGAGACGACCUCGUCCUCGGCCUCCUCGAGCGAGUGGACCUCAUCGGAGUCGACGACCAAGAAGCAUCACUCUUCCAGCUCAAGCUCUUCGGAGGUGGAGUCGACGUCGGCGACGGCGACGAGCACGGCGGCUCCGGCGGCGACGUCGUUCGUGGCUGGGAAGAACAAUGUGGUGGAUAGUUUGCGGCAGGUCGUGCUGGAUAUGGGCGGGAUUGUGGUGGCUGCGGCGGGUGCGCAGGCGUGAGCCUCUCACUGUCGAUCUGGGCAAUAAUUGUCGAUCCGGGCGAGCCCCUGAAUGUUCAUCUACUAACCUACUUAUUGGGCUUUGGGUGUACAUGGUCUGGUAUGCCUGCGUCGGCACCUAAACGUACGUACUGCUGUUGUACUACUAUACCCUCGGGCCGCUCCGCCCUGAAUCUGGUGGCGGUUUACUUAACUAUUGCGGUUAUUGCCUGACCCUGUUGAUUAGUUUUAUUCGCAGCGUCUAGCUCUGA